AAUUUUUUGGAGUCUAUGUUUUAAGUAUAUUGGAUAAUUGCACUAAUAAUUGGUAACCUUUUGUUGUUUUUGUUCAGGAGAUCACCGAGCGCAGUGGUUAGCAUUUCCGCCUAUCAUGCACGCUGAGCGCCUGGGUUCGAAUAAUAACAAGAACAUCAGGCAAACAUUUUUCAAUGGUGUUUAUGAGGUUUGUGAAGUACUAUGCCAUGUUAAACUUGUCUCCAAAAAAGUGAUGCACUGUGGCACGACGUUUGCAUUCGGCUUAAACUUGAAUUAAACAGCACUCAUUAAUAUGUGUGUGAUAAGUUUGCCCCUAUUUCUUAAUGGAAUAUUCAUGGGCAAAUUGAUAUCGGUGAUAACCCAGUAUAAAUUGUACUGAUAUUCUCUCCAGAAUAUAUUACUUGCACUGGAUAGGACUAAUAUAAAACACAGCAAUAGUUGUUGUAGCAGUGUGUUGUACACUGAGGCGGCAGCCCUUUCCAAUAAAGGACGCGAAACAAUUAAAGGUGGUCUCAUUUGUACAACAACCACAUCAUAUGGUGCAUCUUGUCAACAAGUUGAUCGUACUUUUGCCAACACACGCAAAAAAACUUGUGUGCGUGUGUGGAUACGUGUGCAUACAUGAGCAGAGAAUAUACGAGAAAGAAGAUAACAACUAAGAGAGUGCAAACAAAAAUCGGUCAUCAUAAGACUGUCAAAACUGGGCAGCUGUUACCACCUUUUUAAUUCGCCUUGGACUCUUUCGAUUCAAUCCAGUACGUACAACCGGCUGCCAUAGGAUAGAGCAAUUAUUGUAAUACGUAUCAUCAAAUGUGAACAGGCAAUGUAAUUCAGAGCUACCAGAACACGGUGUUGGUUAACGUUAAAAUGCAAAAUGCAAUGAGUUUUAUGUAAGGGGUUGGUGGCGGAAGGGUGAAGUUUAAGCAGCUGAUCCCCCACAAUGCGGAUUAUUUUCUUAUUUUGCUUUUUAAUUGUAAUAGCAUUAAAGUUGUCAGCGGCACAGAACAAUCAGCCAAACGAUGUCCAAGCAACAGGGAUGUGUGCGAAAGAAGCUACAGAUGAAUGCCACAACGGCAAUGAAGCUCAGCCUGAAUCAAAUAAUGGCAACAGUGACAGAGUUUCUCUCCAUGUUCUUUCAAAGAUUGAGAGGGCUAGGAAUAAAUAUAAACCUUGCUCCCACGAACCGCAGGAUCCAAAAUGUGAAUGUCAUAAAAAGGUGUGGCAAAAAGACUUGGAAGUAUUCAAAGCGGCGGGCAUAACGAGACAAAAUAUUCAAGAUGCCUUAAAAUAUGGCACAGCAUAUAAAAUUUUGAGCCAUAAAUUAUAUAGGCAAAGUGACUGUUACUUUCCCGCUCGUUGUGAAGGCAUUGAGUAUUUCCUGUUGAAAUUAUUACCCUUUCUGCCCGAUAUGGACUUUGUGGUCAACACACGAGAUUACCCGCAAAUCAGUGCAAGAUUUAAUAAAAACCUCUUGCCGAUAUUCUCCUUUUCCAAAACUAGUGACUACAGUGACAUUAUGUAUCCCGCAUGGACAUUUUGGGCUGGUGGUCCUGCCAUAAAACUAUUUCCCACUGGCAUUGGACGUUGGGACUUGCAGCGCGAUAAAAUCUUCAAAGCCGCAUUAAAGUUUCCGUGGAAUAAGAAAAUGAAUAAAGGUUUUUUUAGAGGUUCUAGGACAUCACCAGAAAGAGAUUCAUUGAUACUGCUAUCACGCUCCCAACCCCAUUUAGUUAAUGCAAUGUAUACAAAAAAUCAAGCAUGGAAAUCACCCAAAGACACAUUGGGUGCAGAGCCAGCUCAGGAAGUUUCAUUCGAACAACAUUGCCAAUAUAAAUAUCUAUUCAAUUUUCGUGGUGUGGCCGCCUCAUUUCGUUUGAAACAUUUGUUUCUAUGCAAAUCAUUGGUAUUCCAUGUGGGCGAUGAGUGGUUAGAAUUUUUUUAUCCUGCCUUGAAACCAUGGAAACAUUAUGUGCCAUUGAAUAAAAAUCCUAGUGAAGCAGAUAUUAUACAAAUGCUAGAGUUUUUUAAGAAAAAUGAUGCCUUGGCACAAGAAAUUGCUGAAAAUGGCUAUGAAUUUAUUUGGAAUCACUUGAGAAUGGAAGAUGUCGAGUGUUAUUGGAGUAAUCUGUUGAAAAAUUAUGCAAAAUUUUUAAGGUAUCAAGUAAAAGAGGACAAAAGCAUGAUCGAGAUAAAAAGCGAACAUCAAAGUGAAGAAAAGCAAAAACGUUCUGAAGAACUUUGAGUAACAUUUGAUCGAAUACUUCAUUAAAGGCUAAAACUAUUAAGGAAAAUAUUUUGAGGACUACAUUCCAAUCUAGAAUUUUUCGUGGUAUGAAAUCUCAUAGAAAUAAGACUAUUUUCGGCUUAAGAAGCUUUGAUGAACUGUAACGGUAUUGUCUUCAAGUAUUUUUUUUAUAAUGGAGCAUUUACAAUCAAUUAUUUUUAA